CGUUGCCGGGUCCCCCCUGCCGCUCCCGGGCCGGCCCCGCCGCCAUGGGCGCUCACCUGGCGCGGCGCUACCUGUGGGACGCGGAGGCCGAGCCCGACCCGCUGCACAUGCCGUCCUUCCCCGCCGAUCUGGGCCUGCCGCGCCGCCAGCCCCGCGCCAUGGUGGCCUCGGCGGCGCAGCUGGCGCAGGGCCGGGUGCCCCUGGAGCAGAGGGACUUCUGCGGCCACCACCUGCUGCGGCUGCUGCGCUGCCACCGCGACAACUUCCCCGUGCCAUGGGGCUGCCACGCGCUGCGCCACGCCUGGGACAGCUGCCAGCACCACGACUACGUCACCCCCAUGAAGGAGUUCGAGCGCGAGCGGCGCCUGCGGCAGCGCCAGAAGCGAAUCCGGCAGCGCCACGGGGACAGCGAGUGACGCCUGGGGACACCCGGGGACACCGCGGGGACGGUGACGUGAGGCCACCCCGCGCAAUAAAGCUGCCGAGUGUCA